AUGGCCAAGCCAGCGGAUCAACCUAUUAUACCGAGCUCAACAGAUGAAAUUAGAUGGAGCGACAAGCCAUCUAUACGGCAAGUAACAUGGAGGGCGACACUUCUAGGGUUUGGGAUUGGUUCCUUGGUUCUUAUCUCAAACUUUCAAUUUGGGUUACAAACAGGUUGGGUGUCCAUGAUGUCUCUGCCUUCGGCAUUGUUAACUGUGGCCUUUUUUAGACAGAUCUGGCCCUUAAUGUUUCCAGAUGAUGUACCAUUUACAGAUGUUGAAACAGUAUAUGCACAAAGUCUUUCAGUGGCAGUAGGAACAGGCCCGCUCUCAUUUGGAUUUGUUGGGGUCAUACCUGCCAUUGAAAAAUUCCUUACAUUUGAAGAAAGUGGUGGUUCCAGAUAUCAAGGGCAACCAUUUAAAUUUUCACAAUUGCUUGUCUGGUCAUUUAGUCUGGCGUUUUUUGGUAUAUUCUUUGCAGUUCCAUUACGAAAACAAGUGAUUGUACGUGAAAAACUGGCCUUUCCAAGUGGUAAUGCAACUGCCGUGUUGAUAUCUGUGUUAAAUGGUAGCGAAAUCCUACAGGAAAUUUCCAGGAGAGAACUUUUGGAGAUGAGAGAAAAGAGGCUCAACAAUGAAUGCCCUGAGGUUUUGAGAUUGGAACCUAGUGAAUUAGAGGCAAUGUCUAGUUCGCAGUUUCAUAGUAGAAACGAAAGUUCAGGACUGUUAUCUGGUGGCAACAGAAAGCAAUACAAUGCUAACUUCGAACAGGAGGCUGAAGAUGUUACUAAAGACUCAGACCUGUACAAUUCAAACGUGUCACUCCUCAUGAAAACAUUCUCCAUUUCUUCGCUUUAUACCCUAUGUGCAUACUUUGUACCGAUUUUAAAGGAAUUGCCCAUUUUUGGUAGUUACUUGUCCAAAACAUACCUGUGGAAUUUUCAGCCGUCGCCAGCGUAUAUUGGCCAAGGUAUUAUUAUGGGGUUACCUACCGUAUCAUAUAUGCUUUUCGGAGCUAUUCUAGGCUGGGGCAUUUUGGGACCUGUUGCCAAAAACAUUGGAUGGGUUUCAAAAGACGCCGACGUACAUGAUUGGGAAAAAGGUGUCCAGGGCUGGAUUUUAUGGUGCUCUCUUUCAGUAAUGGUGGCCGAUAGUCUUGUGGGGUUUAUUGUAAUAUCUGUGAAAAGUUUCCUCAAAUUCUUAUCAGUCGAUGAUAAAAGUGAGCUUUUGAACGAUAUUUGGGAUGACACUAUGGAGUCUAUGCUUUUAGAAGAAGAAAGAGCCUUAAAUAUGCACAGCAGAUCGAGCACACGAACACAAGAAACUGUAAGGCUAGUUAGUAGAGAACAAGAACAUGAAGUGGAUUCAAAACAUUUGGUCCAAUAUACUACUGUUAUUAGUGGGCUGAUCGUAUCUUCUCUUAUUUGCAUCAUCUGUAUCAUUUAUAUGUUUGGGGUUGAAAUUAUUCCAGUAUACGCAAUGGUGAGUGCUCUUCUGUUGGCCUUGUUCUUAUCAAUUUUGGGUGUGAGAGCCCUUGGAGAAACAGAUUUGAAUCCUGUGAGUGGAAUUGGUAAACUUUCGCAAUUACUAUUCGCUUUGAUUAUUCCAAAGGAUCACAAAGGUGGAAUACUGGUAAAUUUAGUUGCUGGAGGAGUCGCUGAAGCUGGGGCACAACAAGCUGGAGAUCUUAUGCAGGAUCUCAAAACAGGCCACCUGCUGAAUGCAUCUCCAAGAGCACAGUUUAUUGCGCAAUUGCUUGGUGCAACUUGGUCAAUCGUCUUAUCGAGUGCAAUGUACAUCUGUUACAACAAAGUCUACGAUUUGCCGAAUUCACAGAUACGUAUUCCAACUGCAGUAGUUUGGAUUGAUUGUGCAAGACUAGUAACUGGUCAGAACCUACCAGAAAGAGCUUUAGAGUGCUCUCUCUUUCUUGGGAUUAUAUUUGGUCUAUUGUCACUGGUUAAAAACUGCUGUAAAGGUAGAGAAGAUUCAUCAAAAUGGGCACUAUGGAUACCAUCAGGUGUCGCAGUUGGUGUAGGUAUAUAUAAUGCACCAAGUUUUACUAUAGCAAGGUUUAUUGGAGGUGCCAUCUCACAUAUCUGGCUAAAGAGGUACAAGGGUGAUCUUAGUGCAAAGACGAAAAUGAUAGUAUUUAGUUCUGGUUUAGUCCUCGGUGAGGGUAUAUUUAGCAUUUUCUGCAUGAUUUUUACAAGCCUGGAUGUCCCACAUUUCUAA